AUCAAUUCUAAGUUUGACCAUUUUCUGGUUUUAGUGGUUCCCAGAUGUGGCGGAGAAAGCAGUAAGUAGCCUUGUUCAUCAAAUCAGAACAAUAAUUAAUAAUGGGGUUUCUUUCUCACGGAGUAGAAAGAAGCGAUUUAGUAACUGGGGAUCACAUCUACACUUGGAGGACUGCUUUCGCUUACUCUCAUCAUGGCAUUUACGUGGGUGGAAACAAAGUGGUGCAUUUCACUCAGGACCAACACUUGAGUUCGUCUCCUCACUCGACCUCCCAAUGGUUGACAUCGUCGUUUUCGAAUAUCCCAACAAUAGCCUGUCUAGAUAUUCCAGACUGCGGUUUUAGAAAGCAAACGAGUGGAGGAGUAGUUAUGUCUUGUUUGAAUUGCUUUCUCGGAAACGGAUUGUUGUCCCGUUUUGAGUAUGGAGUUAGCCGUUUAUCUUUUAUUGCCAAGUUCAGAGGUGGCACUUGCACUACUGCUAUUUCAGAUUCUCCGGAUUCCGUAACUCACAGGGCUAUGUACUUGCUUCACAAUGGGUUUGGGAAUUACGAUUUGUUUGCAAAUAAUUGUGAGGAUUUUGCUUUGUAUUGUAAAACGGGGUAUCUCGUUCGAAGUGAAAAGGAAGAAGCUGUGGGAGGAAGUGGUCAAGCCUCGUCGGUUGUAGGUGCUCCUUUGGCUGCGAUACUUUGUUUGCCGCUCCGUUUGCUUAUUCCAAGUCCGGUUGUUGUUGUGACUGCGGCAGCUGCAACGUAUUCGUUAAAUAGGUACGCUACUGAUAUUGGGGUACGUGAUGAUGUCAUCAAGGUCAAAGUAGAGAACAUAGCUUUGUUCCAUGGCUAUCAACAACAACAACAACUUGAUGGUGUUAAUCAAGAUUCUGAUUUGGGUGACAAGCCACCCCAGAAGCGGCAAAGGCUUUCUUGAUCGAUGAGAAUUCACUAAACUUGCUUCUUUAUUUCAUCCUCGCUCGCCUGACAUUCGUUUUGCUUUGUUGAAAAUGGAUAAUAAUUUACUAAUCGGUGUAAGAAUCAAUUUAUUUUAAUCUUUUCGAUGCAAAUGACUGCAUUCUGGAAUUUAAUUUUAAUUUGAUUUGGACUUCCACUCCUCAAAUUUAAAUGCAAUCUAAUAGUUACUUUCUGUGUUC